UCAAAGUGACGGAAGUGGCACCCACAGCGCCAAAAUUCAAAAACGUUUCUGAAUUGAACAGACAGUAUGUAAAUAACAUUAAAUGAAAAAAAUAUCAUGGAUCCUUUGAUUUAACCUCGAAUAUGAACCAAGCGUUUCAACUGCUAGUAAGAGUCCAGCCAAGCGGAAUUGCCUAAAACAUCACAGUAAUAUGAAGAACACCAGAAAACACCAAGGAGCAUUUCAAUGAUUUGAUGACCAUGAGACGCAGCCCAAGGAGACCCCUGAUCCUCAGAAGAAGAAAGUUGCCAUUUCAGCACAAUGAUCCGCCAGCAGCUGAAUCACAAAGUCAUGCCGAUGCAUCAGGUUUCAAAGAACCUUCUAAAUCUGCUGCCAGUCAGUGCUUCCCUGAUGGUAUCCGCAUUAUGGACCACCCUUCCAUGCCUGAUACCCAGGUGGUUGUUAUCCCCAAAACAGCAGACCUUCAAAGUGUUAUCGGGGCCCUCACUGCCAAAGGCAAGGAGUGUGGUGUCCAGGGACCAAACAAGUUUAUCCUUCUGAGUGAGAAUAGCAGCUGUGACGAUGAAUCUUUUUGUCAUCUUUCUGCUGGAGGCGAUGGCGUCUCUACAGCUACUCUAAAACCAGUGAAAGCUGAAACCAUGCACAGCUCCCCGGAUGCUAAACCUCUCACUGGAAUUAAAGCAUUGAAUAAGGAGCUGGAGUGUGGCCCUCUAGAUGACAGCCUCACCAAUAUUCAGUGGCUGGGCAGAAUGAACACAUGUGCCUUUGAAUCAGAUACUGCUAAGGUCAACAAGGAGAACCAAAACUCAAAUUCACAGACUUUUCAGGAACAAAAUACACAAAUCGAUGCAGAGGCUGUUCAGCAACCCAUGUCAGAGAGGCCACCAUACUCCUACAUGGCCAUGAUCCAGUUUGCCAUCAACAGUCGGAAGAGCAGGAGGAUGACGCUGAAAGAGAUUUACAUGUGGAUUGAGGACCACUUCCCUUACUUCAGAGAAGUGGCUAAACCAGGAUGGAAGAAUUCCAUCCGCCAUAACCUCUCUCUACACGACAUGUUCAUUCGUGAGACGUCACCAGAUGGCAAAAUUUCUUUCUGGACUAUCCGGCCUGAGGCCAACCGAUGCCUCACUCUUGAUCAGGUGUACAAGCAACAAAAGAGGAUGCUUCCUGAUGCAAGAAAAACUCCAACUAGCUCUGAAAGGAGGAUGAAGCCUCUCCUCCCUCGAACCGAUUCCUACUUGGUUCCAAUCCAGCUCCCCGUCACUUCCUCCGUCUACCUGCCGUCCUCAUCGGCCCCGUUUCCCCCUUCUUCUUCUUCUUUGCAGCAGCAGAAACGGAACACUUUGCGUGGAGCCAAGAGAGUGCGGAUAGCUCCUAAGGUGACACAAGGUGACGCCCCAGCUGCGGUAAUGUAUCCUCAGAAGAACAAAGACCUCAAGGUGAAGGAGGAACCGGUCUGUGUCCCAAUUAAAUGCGAGACUCUGAAAGCCCCUCCGAAGAGACAAGCCAGCGGCUCUCGGCGCAAACAGCACUUGGUUCACUCUGUGCACGAAGAGCCCGUCCUUCUCUGCCCUGAUAAUACUUUCUUUGACUCUGGCGUAGCCUCGGACGCUUCGGCCUUCCAGGACAUGCGAGACACUGAGCUGGAAGACCACCAGCAGGAGCAGCACGGCACCAGCACGGAUCGGGAUUUCUCCUUCAAGACCCCCAUCAAAAGUAACAGCCACCUGAGCUCCUCCACGCCCAGCAAGCCUCCUCAUGUCUUACCCGAGCCCUGGAAAGUGACUCCCGUGGGCAAAGGGGGUCAAGAGGUCCUGGACUUCAGCCCCAUUCGCACACCAGGUGGUCCUGCAGUCACACCGCGGCAUGACUACACCACCUUCAGCUUCAACAACACUCCCUUUAAAGACUGGCCUCUGUUCAGCUCCCCCAGAGAGCUGCUCACGUCCGCUCCCCCCAGAGUACCGCGACCGACAGACUCUCCCAGAAGCAGCUGCUCCAGAGAGCUGCUUCAGGCAGGGGGCGCUGCAACACCCGCCAACCGCUCGAUCACAGAGGGCCUCGUCCUGGAUACAAUGAACGACAGCCUCAGCAAGAUACUAGUGGACAUUAGCUUCUCUGGUCUGGACGAUGAGGACCUGGGUAUGACCAAUAUCAGCUGGUCCGAGUUCAUCCCUCAAUUUAAGUAACCCGAGGGUCAAAACAUGUCAUUUGUUUCCCAAAACACUAUCGGAUGGAAUGGGGAAAAGUAAAGUAUUGAGGAAAAUAUAAAUGUAAUGACGGGGACACUUGACUUUCAGUUACUAGGUCAAAUUAGCAGGCUGCUCACUUGUCGUCCCUCACAUCAGAUGUUCUUCUCCACCUUUUGUUUUCAUUGGUUCUGUCACUCAUCAAUUGAUCUUUUUUUUGUGUGUUGCUCUUAUUUCUUUUCGUAAAACUCUUUUCCGGACUGUUUUUUUUUUAUUUAUUUUUUUUGAGUGGGAUAAUUUAUCCCGCCUGUCGUAUCCGUCUAUAUUCUUGAACAAAUUGCUCAAGUAGACAAAUAUGUCUGUAGACAUGUACGUACAUAUACACUUAUGUAUGUUGAUUUGCACAUUUUAAUAUAUAAUUUUUGCUUUGGCGUAUGUAAAUGGAAAGAAAAAUAUAUUGCCUGUGAAGCCAGCGAGAGGCGUCCAUGCCGUCUGGUUAGGGCGGCCUCCUGGAAUCAACUUUUAGAUCGUGAGAUUCUUAGCAAUAAACAAUGGCAAAGUAAUACAAAUAGCACUAACAGCAAUAGGAUUGUCUCUGUACAUUAAUCGUAGCACUGUCUUCACUGCUUGACUUUAUAAAUCCUGCCUUUUCUAUGCAUCGGUAGGCACUUUGUACCUGCAGAGAGGGACAUUUUGCAUGCAGUGGCUCCUCAUAACACCAUAUUUUAAAGUAGUCUUAGGGAGCAAAGUACUGAAUACUUUGGAUCUAUCUAGCACAGGUUCUAUUAGUUUUCAGUGAAGAUGCAAAUGUAGUUUUCUGUAAGCCCAAAUGGAACAUAGGGGGGAAAAGUGUUUGCGUACAAACAUCUUUUUUUUUGCAGCACCAUCUUAGGAGGGCAGAAUGGGAGAUUUUCAGCUCCAUUUGGAUAACCCGUUUUGAAAAUGCCAAGGAAUAAUGUAUGACUUUAAUAAUACCGUCAGGUAUGCUACCAGGUGUAUUUAUGUGAAAGAGAUUUUGCAUUGCAGGGAGUUGAUCUGUUUACAGUUAGCGUUGAAUGGCAUGCAAAGAGUGAGAUGUAGUGGUUUCUAGCAAACAGUUUUCAAAGCAUGUGCCUUGUUCUGUUUUCUGAAGUUGGUGUUUCUAUGACUGUACAAUAAAUCAGCUGGCGUUGGCGCCUCAG